UCAGCGAGUGUCCACAAGAUUUUUCUCCUUCGCGUGUUUGCUUCUCCCGAGGAUGACUCUCGCAAGGGCGCUGAUGGUGUGGCUCUGCAUGUGUGCGGCGCAGAAGACUUCGGGGCUGGAGAGCAAUCUGGAGGCGUUCCCUGGCACGCUGUAUUCCCUGCGCCCCCGGUCGUCUUCCCGGACCCAGGACAUCAUCGACACCCUCGACGACAUCGCCGAAGGAAUCCCGUACGCCCUGCCCUUCACGUCGCGGGAUUCCCAGAACGCCAGGCAGGAAACCACCGACGACCCCUUCCAGAACGACAAGAAUGUCUCACCAGAAGGGGACAUGGCGCCAGAACCUCCUAAAGUAGGGGAGAGGGACGUGCCUGGAGGCGAGAAGGCGGGAGAAGAAGAAGAGGAGGAGAACAAGGAAGGGCAAGAUGCCGGCCAUAACCUGACGACCGCGCAGGAGGAGGAGAUGGCCGAGCGAGAGGUCCUUCGAAGGAAGAUCUGGGAACUACAGGAAGCCAACCGCAACCUCCUGGGACAGAUCCUGCUCAAGGACAGGCGAUAUCCUAACCAGACGGGCAUCCAGCAGCCACACGAAACCAGAGACACGGAGGACGGAUCCUCUUCGAAAGGAUUGAAGAGUUUUCGACCUGCUGACUGCGCUGAUCACCUGGUGCACGGAGCGACCGUGAGCGGCGUUUACGACAUCUAUCCUUUCACGUGUCUGUGCACGAAGCCCGUCCAGGUGUGGUGCGACAUGGACACAGACGGAGGCGGAUGGACGGUGUUCUUCAAGCGAGAGAAGAACCUCAUCCAGGAGAGGUUCAACCGUUCCUGGAGCGAGUACAAAGACGGCUUCGGGAACCCCAGCUCCGAGUACUGGCUCGGCAACGAGCUCCUGCACACCAUGACCUCCAGCCGGGAGUACACCCUCCGCAUGGACCUCCAGCUGGCCACAGGCGACUUCAAGAGCGGAGUGUGGAAGAGAGCCCUUGUCGACGACGAAAUCGGGAAAUACAAGUUGACCUUAAGCGACUACUUACCCGAGAGCAGCACCACUUCGAACUGCAUGAGCCUGUCGCAUAACAGGUUCUUCUCCACCUACGACAGGGACCAUGACGGCUCGAGCAGCAACUGCGCGGCGGACAAGCAGGGCGGCUGGUGGCACUACUCCUGCACCAGCGGUAGCUACCUGUACCCGACGAGCCUUUAUCCGACUGGCCUCGCGAGCACCUGCUACAACGGCCAGGGUGUGGCGGCGAACUGGAUCCAGUUUAAGCUCCGGCCGGCUGUCUGCGGCACGUCCUUCAAGACGGUUUAUCUCAACUCGUACGCCUGCGACAGCUGCCACUAGGGGCCUCGAUGUUGGGCGAACGGAUGCUGUGGUGACGAAAUCGCUGUGUUUUGGACACGAAGUUGUGAAGACAUUUUCUCUCUCUCUCUCUCUCUCUCUCUCUCUCUCUCUCUCUCUCUCUCUCUCUCUCUCUCUCUCUCUCUCUCUCUCUCUCUCUCAGCUACAUGAAGGUAUAUGAACAAUGGGGCUUUAGACUAACUGGCAUUAUAAGGGAAAAAUGGAAAUUAAGAGUAACAGGUAAUACCGUUAAAGAGUCUACAAAGGAUGGAUAGUGAUAUAUUUUGCUUUUUUCCUUCUUUGUUGAAUACAAAGAUAAUUAUCCAACGUUGCAACCAACAGCAAGGGGAUUUUGUUUGCAAAUGCCAACCUACUAUUAUAAACAAGAUUAGAAUAAAGAAGAAUUGGGAUGAA